GGGUAUCACACCAGACAGUACCUUUAUAAACAGGGACAAAAAUGUCCGUACUAUCAAAGUAGUUUCAAACACUGAAGUGUAAAUUAGUAGUAUUAGCUUAGCCCUAGCUGAUAAAGUGUACCAAAGAAAGAAGAGAUGGCCACAUUCAAGAUUGUGUUCGUUGCCGUUUGUGUGGUUGCAGUCAGUCAAGCGGGAAUACUUCUACCAGGAGCGCGAUUGGCGGCAGCACCACUAGCGCCGGCAGUGCCAGUUAUCAAUACCAACUAUGAUCCACUGCCACAGUAUACUUACGCUUACAAUGUUCAGGAUGCUUUAACUGGUGACCACAAAAGUCAGCAAGAAACCCGAGACGGCGAUAUCGUGAAAGGCUCUUACUCGCUAGUAGAACCGGACGGUACUGUGCGCACUGUGAUCUAUACUGCCGAUCCCGUCAACGGCUUCAACGCGGUUGUGCAACGUGGCCCAUUGGUACACAAGGCUCUGGUACCGGUGGCACCAGCCUCGGCAGCUGUGGUUGCUCCGUUCACCGGAGUGUUAGGAUAAUAAGUACUUACUCGACUUAGUUGCUAAGCUUCUCACACUUGUAAUCUCAGACUGAUGUAGACCGAUCGGCUACGCUACUGUAAGGAUGCUGUAAUAAAUUUUAUUUGUUUGUUAGUA